GGCGGCGGCGGCAGCGGCCCAGGCGGAGGAGUCCGCGGUGGUGGCGGCAGCGGCGGCGGCGCUGUUACCCGCGCGGUCCGCGCAGCCGGGUCCGGGCUGCGUGUCUCGGACGGCGGCGACGGAGGAACUGCAGCCCCGGUCCGAGCCUGACCCCGGAUCCCUUCCCCAGCCGCCCCCCGCCCACGGGCCGACCCCGGGGCCCUGCGUCUUCUCCCCCGCUGGCGGGGCCCGGACAGAAGAUGGUGCAGAAGAAAACAGCGGAAAUUCAGGGCUUCCACCAUUCGUUCAAGGGGGAGAAUCCUUUUGAGCUGGCCUUCUCUCUAGAACAAGCCCACCCCGGGGAGACUGACUUCAGCCUGGAGUGCCCAGCCCGUCCUGGUGAGGCCCCAGAUAUGCCCAUGAGCCAGCCCAUCGACAUCCCGGACGCCAAGAAGAGGGGCAAAAAGAAAAAGCGGUGCCGGGCUACUGACAGCUUCUCAGGCAGGUUUGAAGAUGUCUACCAGCUUCAGGAGGAUGUGCUCGGAGAGGGCGCCCACGCCCGUGUGCAGACUUGCAUCAACCUCAUCACCAACCAGGAGUAUGCUGUCAAGAUCAUCGAGAAGCAGCCCGGCCACAUUCGGAGUCGAGUUUUCCGUGAGGUGGAGAUGCUGUAUCAAUGUCAGGGACACAGGAACGUUCUAGAGCUCAUUGAGUUCUUCGAGGAGGAGGACCGCUUCUACCUGGUGUUUGAGAAGAUGCGGGGCGGUUCCAUCCUGAGCCACAUCCACAAGCGACGGCACUUCAACGAGCUGGAGGCCAGUGUGGUGGUGCAGGACGUGGCCAGUGCCUUGGACUUCCUGCACAAUAAAGGCAUUGCCCACAGGGACCUAAAACCAGAGAACAUCCUCUGUGAGCACCCCAACCAGGUUUCCCCGGUGAAGAUCUGCGACUUCGACCUGGGUAGUGGCAUCAAACUCAACGGAGACUGCUCCCCCAUUUCCACUCCAGAGCUGCUCACCCCGUGCGGCUCUGCGGAGUACAUGGCCCCCGAAGUGGUGGAGGCCUUCAGCGAGGAGGCCAGCAUCUACGACAAGCGCUGCGACCUCUGGAGCCUGGGCGUCAUCCUCUAUAUUUUGCUCAGCGGCUACCCGCCCUUUGUGGGCCACUGUGGCAGUGACUGCGGCUGGGACCGCGGCGAAGCCUGCCCAGCUUGCCAGAAUAUGCUGUUCGAGAGCAUUCAGGAGGGCAAGUAUGAGUUUCCCGAGAAGGACUGGGCCCACAUCUCCUUCGCUGCCAAAGACCUCAUCUCGAAGCUCCUGGUACGCGACGCCAAGCAGAGGCUGAGCGCUGCGCAGGUCCUGCAGCACCCCUGGGUGCAGGGGUGUGCCCCGGAGAACACCCUGCCUACACCCAUGGUCCUACAGAGGAACAGCUGUGCCAAAGACCUCACGUCCUUCGCAGCCGAGGCCAUCGCCAUGAACCGGCAGCUGGCCCAGCGUGAGGAGGACGCUUUGGAGGAGGCAGGACAGGGCCAGCCCGUAGUCAUCCGAGCUACCUCACGCUGCCUGCAGCUGUCCCCGCCAUCUCAGUCCAAGCUGGCCCAGCGGCGACAGCAAGCCAGCCUGUCCGCAGCCCCCGUGGUCCUCGUGGGGGACCACGCGUGACCCUUUUCUCCCUCUGUACAUAGGUCUCCCCUUUCCCUAUCAGAGCUAAAGAUUUUUUUAAGCUAUUGCCAGCCGGUGACCAGCGGGCUGCGCUCCCCCUGGCUGGGUUCCAAGGCGCUCGGCUCAGCUGGGGGGUCUUUUUAUAUAAAGUUUUUGCUGUUGGGUUUUUCCUUUUUUCUUUCCCCCACCCUUUUUUUUUCUUUUUUCCUUUGAAUGGUGUUAAAAGCAAGCAGGCGCCCGGGGAGGAGAGUGGAGGGCGCGUGUGGCUGCGUGUACCCGCCUCACCACCCCAGCUCCACACGCUCACCUGUACUGUGAAAGGCCCUGCACCCAGAGCCCUGCCCCACUGACUCAGGAGAGGAGGCCGUUUGCUGUCUUCCAGAGCUGGGGCCCACGCCCCCUCCCCGGCCCUCAGUGUUUCCAAGGCUGGGCUGACCUCGCACCUCCUCUCACCCCAAAGACACCCUGGUGGCCAGUGGGGGCCUGGGUGCAGGCAGGUGGGGUGGAUGGCCACCCACUGGACACUCCCUCCACCCCGCCCCCACCCCUCGCUGACUGACAAUCGGGGCUCCCUCGAACUUUGACCUUAAGCUGCAGCUGACCCGGGCGUGCACCCACUGCCCCUCCUCAGCCCUCUCCACCAGGGGCUCUGUGCACCCAGGAGCGGGGUGCUGGAGGAAGUGGGAGGGCUGGACAGGCACCCGUCAGCCAACAUGGGGGUCCUGUAGACCCCCCACCCGGGCACCCGAGUGCCCCUUCUCAGGGCUCAGUCUGACCAUGGCCACAUCCUGCCCCCAUCGCCCCUCUGGUUGGCAUGGAAGCUCUGCCAGCCCUGCCUCUGCCCCUCCCCAGAGCGAGGGCUGACCAGGGACCCGCUGAAUUCCCCCACCGCCAUGGCAGCGUUCCUGCUCUGCCCACCUUCAGGAAAACGGCCUCCCUUGGGCACACAGGAACCAGCGCUCCCCUCCCCCACCCCAGCACCCAGGUCAGACGUCGUGUGACCCGCCAGGCUCGGGGAGACUCUGACACCCCUCUUUGUCCUCGGGUGGGAAACACUAUGCAAUACAGCCUUCCUCUUCCUUCGUGCACACGUGCUUCUGCCGGUCAGCCUGGCUGCCACCAGGGCAGAUGGCCCAGGGUCUGGCCCGGUCGUCCAGGCUGGCCGGGCCGCACAGCCCUCUGGCUUCUAGUUCAUCCUGUUUCGUUAGUAUUUUAAGAACAGUUGAAUUCCCUUCCUUGUUCUUGAAGAAUACUUGAAAGUCAGGGGGGCCUUGAGGGUUUGGGGGCUCAGAUGCCAUGCCUGGCCCCCCAAAUCUUGUAUGAUUGUUGCAAUCUGGUGGCUGGUGGGGGCUCAUGCCCUUCCCUGCCCCCACCUGCUUAGAUCUGUGGACUGACCUUUCCAAAGGUCCCUGGGAAGAGGCAGCCGCCCUCCCCCUCAUUUCUCACCCAUCAGUGAGUCCACAUUUUUACAACUGGGGGUUCUGCCUUUUUGUAGAAGAGAAAUGGAGCCUUGCAGGCUGCAGGUGACAUGGCCAUUUUACUCUGGAAAGCUGAGCUGUGAACAGCUUUUUUUUCCCCCCCCUCAAAGGUGGGGCAUCCACUUUCUUCCCCCUCGUCACAAAGACAGUGUGACUCGGGGCUGUCUGGUUAGAACUGUUACUGUGAAUGAACGUCAGGGUCCCAGGCUGUUCCGGUGCCGGGGGAAGGGAACGGCAGUGUUUAAAUGUUAAGACGUAAAAAAGACAAAAAAAAAAACUCAAGCAUUUUUUUAAGUGGGGGAAAAACAUCCAAGCACUUUAACUCCACUGUACCAGGUGAACUGAUACAGCUCAGAAGUUUUCCUGACACCAACUGUCAAUGCCGGAAUUUUGUAUUCUGUUUUAUAAGGAUUUAAUAAAACUCAAAAACUCAGGUG